CCUCUUCCAUCUCCAUUGUGUGCUGAUCAGAUUGUUUAAUUAUUUUUAUUGAUGAUAUAUUACAGCUUCACAAAUGUAAUUUAAUAAUUACAUUUAAUGUAAAUAGCUUCUUUUAUUUCUUCUCUCUGAAUGCCAUGCAAUUUAAAGGUGCAAAUAUUUUUCCCCCUCUUUCAUUUUCUUAGGGAGGUAGUAGAUUCAAUGGUGCAGCAUUUUAAAGUGACGAUAUUUGGUGACCAUAGACCAGUUUAUGAUGGUAAAAGAAGCCUUUAUACAGCCAAUCCACUCCCUGUAGCAACAACUGGGGUUGAUUUGGAUGUAACAUUGCCAGGAGAAGGUGGCAAAGAUCGUCCCUUCAAGGUGUCUAUAAAAUUUGUUUCCCGGGUAAGCUGGCACCUGUUGCAUGAAGUUCUGACUGGACGAACCUUACCUGAGCCUCUGGAAUUGGACAAGCCAAUCAGCACUAACCCUGUUCAUGCUGUUGAUGUGGUGCUACGACAUUUACCCUCCAUGAAGUAUACACCUGUAGGCCGUUCCUUUUUUUCUGCUCCUGAAGGCUAUGAUCAUCCAUUGGGAGGUGGCAGGGAAGUCUGGUUUGGAUUUCAUCAGUCUGUUCGGCCAGCAAUGUGGAAAAUGAUGCUGAAUAUAGAUGUUUCUGCCACUGCCUUCUACAAAGCACAACCUGUAAUUCAGUUCAUGUGUGAAGUUCUUGAUAUACACAACAUUGAUGAACAGCCACGACCUCUGACUGAUUCUCACCGUGUAAAAUUCACCAAAGAGAUAAAGGGUCUGAAGGUUGAAGUGACUCAUUGUGGAACGAUGAGGCGGAAAUACCGUGUCUGUAAUGUUACACGGAGACCUGCUAGUCAUCAGACAUUUCCAUUGCAGUUAGAAAACGGUCAGACUGUAGAGAGAACAGUAGCACAGUAUUUCAGAGAAAAGUACAACCUACAGCUGAAAUACCCUCAUCUUCCUUGUCUACAAGUGGGACAGGAGCAGAAACACACCUAUCUGCCUCUUGAAGUGUGUAACAUCGUGGCAGGCCAGCGAUGUAUUAAGAAGCUUACAGACAAUCAAACAUCAACAAUGAUAAAAGCAACAGCCAGAUCUGCACCUGACAGACAAGAAGAAAUCAGCAGACUGGUGCGAAGUGCAAAUUACGAUGCUGACCCUUUUGUUCAGGAAUUCCAGUUUAAAGUGCGUGAUGAGAUGGCUCAUGUGACGGGGCGUGUGCUCCCAGCUCCCAUGUUGCAGUAUGGAGGGCGGAAUCGAACAGUGGCAACACCAAGCCAUGGUGUAUGGGAUAUGCGGGGGAAACAGUUUCACACAGGUGUGGAAAUCAAGAUGUGGGCCAUUGCUUGCUUUGCAACACAGAGGCAGUGUCGCGAAGAAAUACUAAAGGGUUUCACGGACCAGCUGCGCAAAAUUUCUAAGGAUGCAGGGAUGCCAAUCCAGGGCCAGCCUUGCUUCUGUAAAUAUGCCCAAGGUGCUGACAGUGUGGAGCCCAUGUUCCGACACCUUAAAAACACAUAUUCAGGACUCCAGCUCAUCAUCGUCAUCUUGCCCGGAAAGACCCCAGUGUAUGCGGAGGUGAAACGUGUGGGGGACACGCUUCUGGGGAUGGCUACACAGUGUGUUCAAGUCAAGAAUGUCAUAAAAACGUCUCCUCAGACCCUCUCAAACUUGUGCCUAAAGAUUAAUGUAAAAUUGGGAGGAAUCAACAAUAUCCUUGUACCUCAUCAACGACCUUCUGUGUUCCAACAACCAGUGAUCUUCUUGGGAGCCGAUGUUACUCAUCCACCUGCUGGGGAUGGAAAGAAGCCUUCCAUUGCUGCUGUUGUAGGUAGCAUGGAUGCUCAUCCAAGCAGGUACUGUGCCACAGUGAGAGUCCAGAAACCCCGCCAGGAGAUUAUCCAAGAUUUGGCCUCCAUGGUUAGAGAACUUCUUAUCCAAUUCUACAAAUCCACACGGUUCAAACCCACACGAAUCAUCUUCUAUCGUGACGGAGUUUCAGAAGGACAGUUUCGACAGGUGUUGUAUUAUGAGCUGCUGGCAAUUAGGGAGGCUUGUAUCAGCUUGGAAAAAGACUAUCAGCCUGGCAUAACAUAUAUCGUGGUUCAGAAGAGGCAUCAUACGAGGCUGUUUUGUGCUGAUAGGACAGAAAGGGUUGGAAGAAGUGGAAACAUCCCUGCUGGAACAACAGUAGAUACGGAUAUCACACAUCCUUACGAAUUUGAUUUUUACCUCUGUAGCCAUGCAGGAAUACAGGGUACCAGCCGCCCCUCACACUAUCAUGUCUUGUGGGAUGACAAUUGUUUUACUGCAGAUGAACUUCAGCUGCUAACUUACCAGCUCUGCCACACCUAUGUGCGCUGCACACGAUCUGUGUCUAUACCUGCACCAGCUUAUUACGCUCACCUGGUAGCAUUCCGAGCAAGAUACCACCUUGUGGACAAAGAACAUGACAGUGCCGAAGGAAGCCAUGUUUCUGGACAGAGCAAUGGAAGAGAUCCCCAAGCCCUCGCUAAGGCUGUACAGAUUCACCAAGACACCUUACGCACCAUGUACUUUGCUUAGCUAUAUAUAAAAUAAAGAUAGAUAGAUAGAUAGAUAGAUAGAUAGAUAGAUAGAUAGAUAGAUAGAUAGAUAGAUAGAUCAAAUGAGAUGGACCCUGUUCACGAAAGGAAGAACUGAAGAAUUAAGUCACAUACAGUGUAUGUUUCCAGAGCAAUUGAUGAAUGGGGAGGGAGCAGCUCUGCCUUGCUGAAGCUGAUUUCUGUUUUUGUGGGGAUGGGGAGCAGGUCUUAUCCUUGUCCUGAUGCCAGGAAGAUUGUUUACUUCACCAAGAACACGCCACUUAUUAUGCAAUAUGAAACCAGCCAACUGCUUUCGGAGCAGCUUCCUGUGGGAAGUGCUGCUGUCAUCAUCUUUUCCUUUGUGUGUUUGGGUCUCUGUGUUUCUUUUUCGGGGUUGGGGGGGGGAGGAGUAAUAGUCUAAUCCUUUUUAUGCCUUUACCUCAAGUUGCUCAGCAGCACAACUCUUUCUGCAAAAAA